CAAAAUUACACUGAGCUCCAUCUUUCAAUGUUAUUGCCAGGGGUCUUAAAGUGCAGUUGAAUCUUUGCUACAUAAAAAUGUCAUUCUUUCAUAAGAUUGAUAAUUCAAUGUCAAUUUUUUUAAAAUAGUUGGGGCAUAGGAGGGAUGUGGGAAGAAGCAGGAGAAAGCCCUGAAAAUAUGUUUGCAAGCCCUUCCCACCCAAAAGAUUGCUUUCCCCCUUUUUCAUUACAGGGAUGCAGGUAUAGUGAUCUUCUGAAGGUCCCUAUCCCUGUAACAAUUUAUCUCCGACCUAGCUCUUUUGUCAGGGCGAUCUAGCAGGGAUGUGGGCAUUGUGGGAAGAAGGUAGCUCUGUUCCUAAGCCUGCAAUCCAUCUUUUGCUCCAUCCUACAACCUCUUUCCUCCCUUAAGCUGGGUUGAUUCUGGACAAGGGGCAUAGCAGCCUCCCCAAAGAACUCGAUUUUAACUCAACAAUUGUAAAGAUUUACUACCGUACACCUUUUGUUCAUAGUCCCCAAGCGAAAGAAAGCAGCCAACUCCUUUUUGCUAUUGGCGGUUGAUACAAGGAGGGCGGAAAAGGAAACCGGGGCCUCAGCCAAUCAUUGCACUGAAAUUCUUCCACAUAAGGGACAGCAGCGAUAAUUCUCUGCUCAAGGCUGCGUGGUUUGGGUUGACGUGCUUUCUGCCAGCUCAGUAGUGGCGAGAAAGAACAACCGGAGGUGGGCGAAAGGAGUUUAGUUUUCUCACUGGACCAGGAAGCUUUGAGUCAGCCAGUCUGUCUCAGCCCUUUUCCCUCCCGCAUAACAUUGUUGCUGAAGAUCUUAAAGUAAACAAAAGACCCUCUCUGAGCUUUCAGAGAAAGGCAAUGCCGAAAUUAAAAGUCCCGUGGCUUUUCAUUCUUCCCCGACUGCGAGGAGAAAAAUUCCUUCUGCCUCUUUCGCCGCCUCUUCCCCAAGUCGAAAUGGGGAAACAGGCGAAAACCGAGGCGCUCGUCCUAAGAGGAUGCAGGGUUAGAAAAGCGGCGGCAGCAGCGCUUGCCAGUCUCUCGCCUCCCGAGCUGGCGCUAAAGCAACCCGCCGAGCAGGGGGGAGUAGCGGCGACGGCUUUUUUUCUGCCGCCCCUCACUUGCUCAGCCUUCGCUGCCGCUGAAGCGGACCCUCCGGCCCCUUUCCACAACAAGGGAGAACUCCGUGUGUCCAGAAUCGCGUUUCCCGCUCCCGGCCUCUCUUGGCGGCCUCUGGGAGGUAGCAAAGGAGGAAGGCGGCGCAGUUUCAGGAAGAGGGAGGCGGGGAGGGAGGAAGAGGCGGGCCGCCGUUCCUGCUACCAGGCCGCGGUCCUGGUCGGGCCUUUUGCUGGCGGAGCAAGAAGGGGGGACCGGAGCCCCAAAGGUGGAGAAAAGAGCUGGCUGGUCCCUUCCCAUACAACUUCCCCAAUGUCAGACUCGGCGGCUGCACCGGCGGCUGAGCUCUGAGCGGCGGCUCCCAUCUUUCCCCAUUCAACUCUCCCCUUCCUCUUGAUCUUUUUUUUUUUUUUUCCCCUGCUUGCAGGGGCGCGACUCCCAAACUGCGACCCCGGAAAGACCGCGGCCUGCCCGGUCAAAAAAAAGAAACGGAGAAGGGAGUCCGGGCUCGGUUUCUGCGUGAGUCACAAAAUGACGAGCCGGGACCCCCCGGCCUGGACUUCCCGGCGGCCCCAAUAAAGCCCGGGCGGAACAGCCUCGUAUGAGGCUAUUCCGCGGCCCAGGGGGUGCCUCCGCCAGGCCCUCCUUCCCCUGCUGUGGUGGUCGCUGAGCAGAGGAGCCGGAGACGCAGGCUGGCGAGGGGAGCCCCUCGAGGUCCGCCUGGGUCCCUUCCACCCCGUCAGACGCGCCCCCUUCUUGCACCCGGUGGGAAGGGAAGGCAUGUCUUCUCCCAGCUCCGUGGACAUGAUUGAAACCCCCCCGGUGCUCAACUUUGAAGAAAUCGACUACAAAGAGAUAGAGGUGGAAGAGGUUGUUGGACGAGGAGCCUUUGGAGUAGUUUGCAAAGCAAAAUGGCGAGGAAAAGAUGUGGCCAUUAAACAAAUAGAAAGUGAAUCUGAACGAAAAGCCUUCAUUGUAGAGCUUCGACAGUUGUCACGUGUGAAUCAUCCUAAUAUCGUCAAGUUAUAUGGAGCUUGUUUAAAUCCAGUAUGUCUCGUAAUGGAAUAUGCUGAAGGAGGUUCUCUCUAUAAUGUCCUACAUGGUGCUGAGCCUCUACCUUAUUAUACUGCUGCACAUGCAAUGAGUUGGUGUUUACAAUGUUCCCAAGGAGUAGCAUACCUUCACAGCAUGAAACCAAAAGCACUCAUUCACAGGGACCUAAAACCACCAAAUUUGCUCUUGGUGGCAGGAGGGACUGUUUUAAAAAUAUGUGAUUUUGGUACAGCUUGUGAUAUUCAGACUCACAUGACCAAUAAUAAGGGCAGUGCUGCUUGGAUGGCACCCGAAGUUUUUGAAGGUAGCAAUUACAGUGAAAAAUGUGAUGUAUUCAGCUGGGGUAUUAUUCUUUGGGAGGUAAUUACUCGCAGAAAACCUUUCGAUGAGAUUGGUGGUCCUGCUUUCCGGAUCAUGUGGGCAGUUCAUAAUGGUACACGGCCACCACUGAUAAAAAAUUUACCCAAACCUAUUGAGAGCUUAAUGACUCGCUGUUGGUCUAAAGAUCCUUCACAGAGACCUUCCAUGGAGGAAAUAGUCAAAAUAAUGACACACUUGAUGCAGUAUUUUCCAGGAGCUGAUGAACCUCUACAGUAUCCCUGUCAGUAUUCUGAUGAAGGCCAAAGCAACUCUGCUACUAGUACAGGUUCGUUUAUGGACAUGACCUCCACAAACACCAGUAACAAAAGUGAUAUCAACAUAGAAGCAAAUGAUUUUCAAGGAACUGCUACAAAUGACACCAUUAAACGUUUGGAAACAAAACUGGCUCAACAGAUGAAAAAUUCAGCGAAGCAGGGAGAAUCGGGCCGUUUGAGUUUACCUCCGUCUCGUGGUAGUAGUGUGGAGAGCUUGUCAGAUGUUCGUGGGCGACCACAGUCAACUCAUGUUUCAGGAGAAGGCAAGCGAAUGAGUGCUGACAUGUCAGAAAUUGAAGCAAGAAUUGCUGCUUCUGCAGGUAAAGCCUUUUCCAAACCUAAACGAGGCCAUCGUAAAACUGCUUCAUUUGGCAACAUUCUGGAUGUCCCAGAGAUCAUCAAACCAGCAGGUAAUGGACAGCAGAGGCGCAGAUCCAUUCAAGAUCUUAGUGUAGCUGGAACCGAUUCCAACCAGGGAAGCAGAAACAGCAGUAGAUCAUCCAGUCCUAGUGUGAGAAUGAUCACUACCUCGGGACCAACCUCGGAAAAGCCUGCUCGUAAUCUACCAUGGACCCCUGAUGAUUCUGCGGAUACCAAUGGGUCUGAUAACUCCAUCCCAAUGGCAUAUCUUACAUUAGAUCAUCAGUUGCAGCCUCUAGCACCAUGUCCAAACUCAAAAGAAUCUAUGGCUGUGUUUGAACAGCACUGUAAAAUGGCCCAAGAAUACAUGAAAGUUCAAACAGAAAUUGCCUUAUUGCUGCAAAGAAAGCAAGAACUAAUAGCAGAACUGGACCAGGAUGAAAAAGACCAGCAAAAUACAUCACGUCUAGUACAAGAGCAUAAAAAGCUUUUAGAUGAAAAUAAAAGUCUCUCCACCUACUACCAGCAAUGCAAAAAACAGUUGGAGGUCAUCCGAAAUCAACAACAGAAACGUCAAGGGACAUCAUGAUUCAUGGGACCCCGGAUUGACAGUGAAGCACAGGAACUUCUUCUUUUUUUUAAAUUAUCCCAUAAUAUGACAACUUCUUUAUUGGUGUGUGCUGAAUGUGUAGAUAUACCUGCUGCUCUUCCAAAACCAAUGCAGUAUGGUUUUCUUUGGGUGAACAUUGAAUUGUUUGAGAAAGUUAAGAGCGGCUACAUGAAUAAUCAACAGCACUAACCAUGAAGCAAAAUAUAAUGAACUCUGGCUGUUUGCAUGCCCCUUGUGUGAUGGCUAUCCUACCAAAACUGAUUAAGUGGCUGCUAUAUUGUAAGAUCUUUAGGUUUUCAUGCAAUAGGAGCAGUAUAGAAUUUUUCUAUUUUUAAAAUGUUUUUGUUCUUCUUUCCUUUUGAACUGUUUGCCAAAUCAGUCAUUUUCCAGGACUCCUGAUUACAUACAUUAAGUUCAAGAGAUAAUGCCGGUGAAACAAUGCAUUAUUCUUUUAAUUGUGUUGUUCUUCAUGUAUUUGGCCCCUCUACAUCGAAGGGAUUUCUUAGGCAUAUCUUUUAACUAUUCUGAUGCAGUGGGAGAGACAUCAAGAGGUAGUCACCUUCAGGCCCUCCUGAUCCUUUUAUAUGAUCCCUUCGUUGAUUUAUCAUCGUGAGCAACCUUCCAGACCUCUAGUUAGCUGUUGAAUAGUAGUUUCAUCAUCUUGUGCUUUAGAGAUCAAGUGAAUUUGCUUGCAAAAUACAAGCAUUUCUGUUCCAUCUUUUGGAAGCAAUAAUUAGAACUUGGUUGAAAAAAUAACUUGUGUUAACAACAUACAUCCUCAUUUUAGUAAGUUCUCCCCUUUACCUUCUUUUUUGUUUGUUUUAUAACAAGGCGCACAACAAAAUGAUGGUUUCAUAUAUGACUCUGCCCCAAGUUUCAAAAAUACUGUGGAAAAUUAUCAUAUGAGUUUUGCAAAUCAAGUCUUUGAAACAAGUCUAAUUAAAAAACCAAAUUUAUCAAAUAAUUAAAAAUAUACCUAUCAA